UGAAAUUUAAAGGAGGCCAGAGCUGUGCAGGGAGAGCAGAGCCGAGGUCCGAGCCGAGGUCUGGUAGAGCCCGGGCUGAAGACAGUGUCUCGGAGGAGAGGAGAAGUCUCGCAGUGGUGAAUUCACGGGACACUCUGAGGACACGAUGAACUCGAUGAAGAGAGAGCUCUUGUGUGUGCUGCUGCUCUGUGGGGCCGUCUUCACUUCGCCCAGCCAGGAAACCCACAGGCGACUCAGGAGAGGAGCCAGAUCGUACAGAGUGACCUGCAGAGACGAGAAAACACAGAUGACGUAUCUGCAACAUGAGUCAUGGCUACGGCCCCUGCUCAGGAGCAACCGGGUGGAGCACUGCUGGUGCCACGGCGGCCAGGCCCGGUGCCACUCGGUGCCAGUCCAGAGCUGCAGCGAACCUCGGUGCUUCAAUGGGGGGACGUGUCGGCAGGCCCUCUAUUCCUCAGAGUUUGUCUGCCUGUGCCCCGAAGGGUUCAUCGGGAAACGCUGUGAAGUAGAUGCCAGGGCCACGUGCUACAAGGGCCGAGGUAUCACCUACAGAGGCACAUGGAGCACAGCGGAGAGCGGGGCCGACUGCGUCAACUGGAACAGUAGCAGCCUGGCCAUGAAGCUCUACAGCGGGCGCAGGCCCGACGCCAUCAAGCUGGGCCUCGGGAAUCACAACUACUGCAGAAACCCAGACCAAGACUCAAAGCCCUGGUGCUACAUCUUCAAGGCAGGGAAGUACAUCUCCGAGUUCUGCAGCACACCAGCCUGCGCCAAGGACGGCGAUGGGGACUGCUUCACUGGGAAAGGGCUGGCAUACCGCGGCACCCACAGCCUCACCAAGUCCGGGGCCUCCUGCCUCCCGUGGAAUUCCGUGCUCCUGAUGGGCAAGAUAUACACCGCCUGGAAGAGCGACGCGCAGGCGCUGGGCCUGGGCCAGCACAGCCACUGCCGGAAUCCAGAUGCGGACGCCCAGCCUUGGUGCCACGUGCUGAAGGAGCGCCAGCUGACGUGGGAGUACUGUGACGUGCCCCAGUGCGUCACCUGUGGCCUGAGACAAUACAAACAGCCCCAGCUCCGCAUCAAAGGAGGCCUCUUCGCGGACAUCACCUCCCACCCGUGGCAGGCCGCCAUCUUCGUCAAGAACAGGAGGUCCCCGGGAGAGCGCUUUCUGUGCGGGGGGAUCCUGAUCAAGUCCUGCUGGGUGCUGUCGGCCGCCCACUGCUUCCAGGAGAGGUAUCCCCCCCACCACCUCAAGGUGGUCCUGGGCAGGACGUACCGGCUGGUCCCUGGAGAGGAGGAGCAGACGUUCGAAGUAGAAAAAUACAUCGUCCAUAAGGAAUUUGAUGACGACACUUACAACAAUGACAUAGCGCUGCUGCAGCUGAAAUCAGACUCUCUGACCUGCGCCCGGGAGAGCGACGCCGUCCGCACCGUCUGCCUCCCAGACCCCAGCCUGCAGCUGCCCGACUGGACGGAGUGCGAGCUGUCCGGCUACGGCAAGCACGAGGCCUCUUCUCCUUUCUAUUCCGAGCGGCUGAAGGAGGCUCAUGUCCGGCUGUACCCAGCCAGCCGCUGCACUUCCCAGUAUUUAUUUAACAAGACUGUCACCAACAACAUGCUGUGUGCUGGGGACACACGCAGCGGCGGGGACCAUGCAAACCUGCACGACGCCUGCCAGGGUGACUCGGGUGGCCCCCUGGUGUGUAUGAAGGACAACCACAUGACCUUAGUUGGCGUCAUCAGCUGGGGCCUGGGCUGUGGCCAGAAGGACAUCCCGGGCGUGUACACCAAGGUUGCUAAUUACCUGGACUGGAUUGAAGACAACACGCGACCAUGACCAGGGACACCCGGUUCCCUGCCUCACAGAGACCCUGCUUCCUCCACCUCCAAAGAUGCGCCCCCGGGGUGGGGAGGGAGUGCUUCUUCACAAAGCAGAAGUAGGUGGAGGAUGUAUCUUCACAGGGAUUUUCCAUUUUGGAAGUUUUCAGGGCUGCAGAUCUGAACUGUACUCUGUCAGACGGGAAGACAGAUAAAUGCCUACCCCUCCUGGAAUACCACUCCCCACGGCAGAAGCCAACCUCCUCCCCUGUCUAUGCGAGCGGCUUUGGAAAUGGGACCGCAAAGAUGAAAGUGUGUCUCAGUAGGCAAAGAUAACUCAUUCCUUCAGGAAAGAAGGGUUAGAAAUAUUCUAUUAGAAAUAGAAUGUCUAUUUAUAGUCACAAGGAAGCCCUGCGGGAGCCUCCUAAAAAGGGAUGGGCUGGCCAGCAAGAUCGUGUUCUUCCAAUCCAGCCUUCAAAUCAAGUGUCAGGUUUUCCCUUUCUCUGGCUACAGCUCUUGGAAGGAAUCCUGUUGUGUACAGUAUAAGUCUUUUUUCUUUAUAAGUUUCAUCAUAGAACGGGAGACAUGUAUCAUUUUAAUAACGGAUAAACUAGACUCUAGCGUAUUUAUAUCAGUUCAUUUUUGGUUUUACUCUGUGGCCACAACCUAUAUGAUACUAUACUGGAAUAAUAAAUUCUGAUAUAUUUUUCACAUA